AUGAAAACCAACGGAUCUUUCCUCCGUUGGUUUCUCACCAGUGUUUUGACCCAACAAUUACCUACCUUGGUCUUUCUUUCAUCUGUCCGCUUUGAUCGUUGCACGAUUUUCUCGAAUGGCGUUCGUGAUCAUUCAAAAUCCAUUUUCUCUACUUGUCGACGAAGCGUGGUGAGUACAAUUCCAGCUUCAGGUGACCAUCAUUACCACAGUGGAGUUCAAACUUCAGCCACACCCACUCAGCUCAAUGCAAAUAACAGCAAUGCGAAUCGUCGGUCAGUGGCGACCACUGGUGCUGCUGGCACUUCUCUCUUCACCUCCGCCACUGGAGGCGCUGUCACUGCGGCGUCUGCAAACCAAUCACCAUCUGCAACGAAGCCAGAUAAGGGAGGUACCACUAGUCAAGCUGGAGGAAGGCUUCCUGUUCACGAGAUGCGAAGGUGA